CAAGUUCCCCAGUAAAGCCCGAAAGAACCCGCCAUCAACCGCCAUGCGCAACGCAGGGAGUCUGCUCAAACCACCUCCAUCGGAGUACCGACGCCGGGGAAAUUCACCAGUACGACGUCUUGUCAGCAUAUCGUCUGGUCUGAAUUGGACCGGUCAUAAAUUUUCAUCCGAGAUUGUCGCGGAAGAUUUAAAGGUGACCGAGCCUACACUGCAGACACUAUUACCUGAGGUUGUUGUUGAUUCACCCGUUAUAGAUGAGACCGAUCAACAACUUUCGAAGCAAGCUGCCCGCGCGCUGGUCUUUACCACUCCUCAUGUGUUCCGCACACUCGCAUCGUUGCGGAAAGACCUUUUGAAGGCUACCGCCAAUGGCUACUCCAACCGUGUGCGCGAGUUGCUAGACCGAGAUGACGUACUGACGUUCCGAGACGCUUUCAACGAGAACAAUGGGCUCACCCCACUGCAUUACGCUGUACAAAAUGAACACCACUACAUAUUGCAAAUGCUGCUGGACGUAGAGUAUGUGUGGGAGGGUGGGUAUAUUGGAGUGUUUAUAAGUGCACACUGUGAGAAUCAGGCUCGGCUAUGCAGUGUCGUUAAUGUUUAG